AUGGGUUGUAAUUCUUCCAUACAAACCAAUUCCCAAUCCGAACUGUUGCAAAGAGUGAAACAAUGCAUUGAACGAAAUAACUCCAAAGUUCUUCAUUCCUUAAUAAUAUCUCAACAGAGCCGACUCCAUGGUCGACUGCUGUUAAAUGAUCCAAUAGCAGAGGUCGAGGGGCUGCGCCUAAAUUCUUUAGGCUACGCUCUUUGGCUGGGCAGGGCUUAUCUUUUCAGAUAUAUGUAUGAAACCUUAGGUGCCAGCCUUUCUGUUCUGGAGGAUCUCCUUAGGAGCCAAAGAACGAGCAUUUUAGGAUUAAUUUGCCAGAGAGGGCAUUUAGAUAUUCUUCAAUAUUAUCUUCCUCUCUAUAUGAGCACAUAUUCAAAUCCUAAAAUUGAUGAAAAUAUUUCAUUAGACUUCGAUAACUCGUUCGACAAUAAAAUUUUCUAUACAUAUACACCUAUACAAACUGCCUGUGAGUUAGGGCACAUGUGUAUUUUAGAUUAUGUUUUCCUGCAUUUCAAGGACACCAAACCCCCAGAAGAACUCGACAUUCACAUGCAGGACUCCCUCACCGGGGAAAACUGUGCCCUCAUCGCAGCCAGAACAGGAAAUUACCCAAUGAUGAAGUUCCUUUAUGAGCGGUGCAAAGCUGACUUUAAAGUUCUCAACAAUAGCUAUGAGAAUGCCAUCCAAAUCGCCGCUCUAGGAAGCACUACUGGUGAUGGAGAUUACUUAGCAUGUAUCAAGUUCUUAGUCGAAAAAAUUGGGGUGGACUUGAAAUACAAUUAUGAAGAAACUUUGCUUCACAUACAAAGUUAUUCGCUUCGUAAUUAUGUUGAGAAAAAACUCAAAGAUGUCGGCAUCAAUGCAAGCAAAAGCGAGAUUGAAAAGAAAUAUGAAAUCAGGUGACCAAAAGAUGAUAAAAAGCUAGAUGGGCUUUUCUUUGACUUGAAGAAAUGCGAGAUGGAUGAUGACCUUCUCAGCAUGCCAAGUCAAAUAACCUUUACAGAAGGUUUGACUGUAUCGUUUAUCAAUGAGGUGCGAAACCUAUAA